GGCCAUCCCGGGCCUUCCGCAGCGCCGCUAAAGCGCAGCUCUCGUUGGUGUAACUUUUUCUUUUCCUUUUUUUUAGCCACUUCCGGCUCCUGCGUCGCUCCGGAAGCCUGCGAGUUCCGGAAGCCUUGGUAAUCCAGAUUCUGCUAGGAAAAGACAAGCUUUCCAGAGAAUGUUUCAGAGAAAGUUACGUGGAGCGUGGGCGUUUCGCAGACUCCUAAGCUUCUGGCAAGUAUGAGGCAAGGGUUUCACAGAAGAACUUGGAGCAAAAAUUCCCACUGCCAUAGCUAUAGGCUGUCCAGUCUUGAGAGAGCUGCAAGAACGGGAAAACCGUGAGAUCUGCCCAGAAGAUCAUUGGCAUUUAUGAGACCUUUAGAGAAGACAUGGCUUCCAGAAAAGAGAAUGCAAACAGUGCAAACAGAGUGCUAAGAAUAAGCCAGUUGGAUGCGCUUGAACUAAACAAGGCCCUGGAGCAGCUAGUUUGGUCCCAGUUUACUCAGUGCUUUCAUGGAUUUAAACCUGGGCUAUUAGCUCGCUUUGAGCCAGAGGUGAAAGCGUGCUUAUGGCUCUUCUUGUGGAGAUUCACCAUCUACUCCAAAAAUGCCACAGUGGGACAGUCAGUUUUGAAUAUUCAGUACAAAAAUGAUUUUUCCCCUAACCUGAGAUAUCAGCCACCCAGUAAAAAUCAAAAAAUCUGGUAUGCUGUUUGUACAAUUGGUGGGAGGUGGUUAGAAGAACGAUGCUAUGAUUUGUUUCGAAACCAUCAUUUAGCAUCAUUUGGGAAAGUCAAGCAGUGUGUGAAUUUUGUGGUUGGACUUUUGAAAUUAGGUGGACUGAUUAAUUUUUUGAUUUUCCUUCAGAGGGGAAAGUUUGCAACUUUGACAGAACGUCUCCUAGGCAUUCAUUCUGUAUUUUGCAAGCCUCAAAACAUACGUGAAGUUGGCUUUGAAUACAUGAAUAGGGAACUUCUCUGGCAUGGUUUUGCUGAAUUUCUGAUUUUUCUCUUACCACUUAUCAGUGUCCAGAAGUUGAAAGCCAAGCUGUCUUCAUGGUGUAUCCCUCUUACUGGUGCACCUAAUAGUGACAAUACAUUAGCCACCAGUGGCAAAGAAUGCUCUCUUUGUGGAGAGUGGCCCACCAUGCCUCACACCAUAGGAUGUGAGCAUAUUUUCUGUUAUUUCUGUGCUAAGAGUAGUUUCUUAUUUGACAUGUACUUUACUUGUCCUAAGUGUGGCACAGAAGUGCACAGUCUGCAGCCACUGAAAUCAGGAAUUGAGAUGUCAGAAGUAAAUGCUCUUUAGAAACUAAAAUUGCUUCCUCUGAGGAAAAAAAUGCACCAUGUUUAAAUUCUGAAUAUUAGUCAUCCUAAGUAAACCUUUUAUGUAUCCUUUAUAAGGAAUGUGCUGCCUAGCCACUGUCUUCUGCUCCUUUCCAGUCAUGACUAAAUUCUGAUCACUAGAAACCAUGUGAUUCUAAAUAUAUUAUGGAAAUGUUAUUUAAAUCGUUGCAUUCAAUUUUUAAUGUCAAGAAUAAUGGACAGCUUUUUUUAGUUAGGUGACUACUAACAAUGCUCCUUCAUUUUACUACUACUUAAAACGAGGUUGGAUUCUAAAGAUAAAGAUUUUGGAGACUCUGGAUGAGUGUGCAUUUAUUUUCAGAGAUGACAUAAUAUGAUAAUGUGACAACUAUAAGACUGUUGUUUUAAACCUUAAGACCUGAUGCCUCAGUUGUAAUUUUUUUUUUUUUUUUUUUGAGACAGUGUCCCGCUCUUAUCACCCAGGCUGGAGUGCAGUGGCGCAAUCUCUGCUCACUGCAACCUCCGCCUCCCGUGUUCAAGCAAUUCUCCUGCCUCAGCCUCCCGAGUGGCUGGGACUACAGGUGCGUGCCACGAUGCCCAGCUAAUUUUUGUAUUUUUAGUUUCACCGUGUUAGCCAGGAUGGUCUCGAUCUCCUGACUUCAUGGUCUACCCACCUCGGCCUCCCAAAGUGCUGGGAUUACAGGCGUGAGCCAGUGCACCUCAGUUGUAAUGUUACGCUUUUCUCCGAAGCCAAUUUUUAAGAAGUUCAGUCCUCAGCUGUCUGACCCCUCCCUCCACAGUUGGCUUUAUAUUCAGAAAGUAAAAAUUACUUAAGGCAGCUUGGAAGUGAGGCCUGGGAACAACUGGGGGCAACUAGUACGAACAGCACUAUUUACAGGUCUCUUUCUCUUGCCUUUGAUUCAGAGCUCUCAUUCUCAGUAAAUAUUGAUAGUUUUAUUGAAACAAAAGAGGUCUUUAGCAUGGUAAUAAUACAGCAGUGCAUAUCAAGAUAAUUCUGUAUCGUUCACUCCUUUUCUCUGCAUUUUUUUACUUAAAAAUAAAUUUAGACUCUUAAAAUUGUAUAGAAUUAUUAGCUUGAACAUUAAAUUAUCUCAAGUCUUAACUAGAAUUUUUUUAAAAAACAGUUUUUAAAUGUUUUUAAAUAAAUGUCUUGCUAGUAUGGUGGAAA